UAUCCAACAAGAAGAAGGCAUUGUCUCUCCUCAAAAAGGCUGCUGAAGAUGCUGAAAAACGACGGUUUCUCCAGAAAAGACAGGACGAUGAAAUCUAUAGGAUCAACGAAGUUAUUAAUAACGCAUUGACUAUAAGGAAUUGCCAUAUUGAAGCGAAAAUGAAGAAGAAUGUCAAUGAACGCAUCGACAGAAAUAUAAAGAUAUAUGUUGAUUAUAUGUCGCAAAUACCAUCCGCAGAACCGAGCGAAGAGGCAAUCUAUCAGAAUGGACUACGGAAGAAUCAGAACGAGUAUGAAAAAAAAUUGGCUGAAACAGUGGCGAAACAGAAAAAAGCAGCCGAAGAUAAAAUCAAAAAUUAUAAAGAAGACAUACGACGACAGAAGAUGAAGACUGAAGAAGAGGAAGAGAUGAAGCGUAUGGAAAUGAUCGAAAGAUACAAGAAAAUCGAGGCCAUGAAAUACUUCGAUGAAGCGAACGAAAAAGAGGAGUUGAGACGGAAGAAACAGUACGCCGAAGAACUACUCCGUCAAGCAGAGGAGCAGAGGCUUACGAUGAAGCACGAGAAGAAACUCGAAGAGGAAUAUGUCUUCCACAGUUACUCAUCACAGGAUGACCAUUUCACUAGCUACGCUGAUGAGGUUAUAAGAUUCGCCAAACAAAAACGAUGGCCGACUGCUCCAAUCAAGAGAGUAAUAGAGGUAAUUAUUCAUCAGAUGUAG